GAUUUUGGCCAUAGGCUGGGGGGGGGGUCUGGGUGUUUAACACUGCACUUUUGUCGCUCCAAGAGGGCUGCGCAGAUAGACGGUAAACAAAUAUUUGACAGCAGCAGGACUGGGUUUCCUCUGUGGCGUGUUUGCAGGGUGAGAGGCGGUGAACUACAGGAGUUGUCUCGGCUCUUUAGUGCCCAGUUUGACGGCUUGCCUGCGUCCUCGGAGAGGAAGAGCUGCUGUAAUUGGUUUCUCAAUGAAGGAUCAUCAGCAGCUCCCCGGAGGCUUGGUGGACUGUAGUGUAGCGCAGCUCCAUCAAUCGUCUGCUCCCCGGCUUUAAACACCGCUUUGCUCUUUUCUUCUGAAAUAAACAAGUGGGCAGUGAAGGGGGUUAUCGGAGCAUCAUUAUUCUGCGCGUAUUUAAGGGGUUAUUUGUGACCGUUUUCACAACCUGUGCAAGUACUGUUGGGAGUUACUAAUCGCUUUGUCCACAUCGCGGGGAAUCGCGGCAAAGUUUAACGCAGAUUUCGACAUGAGUGACCUGGAGGACGACUUUGCCAAGAUCCUUCUGCUAAAGGAGGAGCGGAUACGGGACUUAGAGAGGCGACUGGCGGACAGGGAAGACGAGAUUCAAGAACUGAAGAGAAAAUUGCACAAAUGUCAGUCUGUUCUGCCCAGCGCUCAACUUAUUGGACCGAGGACCCGCAGGGCGCAGGGCAUCUCCGCGGAGCCUCAGACGCACCAGGACCUGUCAAGGCAGCCGUUUCGGAAAUAUGCCAAGUCCGACUGGUCCAAGGAUCUGAUCAAGGAAGCCAUCUUGGACAAUGACUUCAUGAAGAACCUGGAGCUGUCACAGAUCCAAGAGAUUGUUGACUGCAUGUACCCUGUGGAGUAUGGAAAGGACAGUUGUAUCAUUAAGGAGGGCGAUGUGGGCUCACUGGUUUACGUCAUGGAAGAUGGGAAGGUGGAGGUGACGAAGGAGAGCCUGAAGCUCUGCACCAUGGGGCCAGGAAAGGUGUUUGGAGAGCUGGCUAUUCUCUACAACUGCACCAGGACUGCCACUGUCAAGACUCUGACAAAUGUAAAGCUGUGGGCCAUCGACCGACAAUGUUUUCAGACGAUCAUGAUGAGGACGGGUCUAAUCAAGCACACGGAGUACAUGGAAUUUCUGAAAAGCGUCCCCACAUUCCAUGGCCUGCAGGAAGAUAUUUUAAGCAAGCUUGCCGAUGUCCUUGAGGAGACACAUUAUGAGGAUGGAGAGUACAUCAUCAGACAGGGGGCCAGAGGAGACACCUUCUUCAUCAUCAGUAAGGGAAAGGUUAAUGUGACCAGAGAAGAUCCGCCCAAUGGAGAGCCCGUCUAUCUGCGCAGCCUCGGAAAAGGUGACUGGUUUGGAGAGAAAGCACUGCAAGGGGAGGACAUCAGGACGGCUAACGUCAUUGCAGCAGAGGCAGUCACCUGUUUAGUCAUCGAUAGAGAUUCAUUCAAGCACCUGAUUGGAGGUUUGGAAGAUGUGUCCAGUAAAGGCCAUGAAGAUGCUGAUGCCAAAGCCAAGUAUGAAGCAGAGAAUGCCUUUUUCUUCAAUCUCAACCUAGCUGACUUCAAUAUCAUCGACACUCUGGGAGUUGGUGGCUUUGGACGUGUUGAGUUGGUUCAGCUCAAGAGCGAUGAGAACAAAACCUUCGCCAUGAAGAUCCUGAAGAAACGGCACAUUGUGGACACAAGACAACAGGAGCACAUUCGUUCAGAGAAGCUCAUCAUGCAGGAGGCCCACUCUGACUUCAUUGUUAGACUUUAUAGAACCUUCAAGGACAGCAAGUAUCUCUACAUGUUGAUGGAAGCGUGUUUAGGAGGAGAGCUGUGGACCAUUCUUCGAGACCGGGGUUCAUUUGAAGACUCAACCACCAGAUUUUACACAGCUUGUGUGGUAGAGGCCUUCGCCUACCUGCAUUCCAAAGGAAUCAUCUACAGAGACCUCAAACCAGAGAACCUUAUAUUGGACCACAGGGGCUAUGCCAAACUGGUGGACUUUGGUUUUGCCAAGAAGAUCGGGUUCGGGAAGAAGACGUGGACCUUCUGUGGGACGCCGGAGUAUGUAGCACCAGAGAUCAUUCUGAACAAGGGCCACGACAUCUCAGCUGACUACUGGUCUCUAGGAAUCCUUAUGUUUGAGCUCUUAACUGGCAGCCCUCCAUUCUCUGGCCCCGAUCCUAUGAAAACCUACAACAUCAUCCUGAGAGGCAUUGACAUGAUCGAAUUUCCAAAGAAAAUUACCAAAAAUGCUGCCAACCUAAUCAAAAAGCUAUGCAGGGAUAAUCCUUCUGAAAGACUGGGAAACUUGAAAAAUGGUGUCAAAGACAUCCAAAAGCACAAAUGGUUUGAGGGCUUUAACUGGGAGGGCUUGAAGAAGGGGACACUGACGCCUCCUAUUAUCCCUAAUGUCACAUCAGCAGUCGACACGAGUAACUUCGACAGCUUCCCAGAAGACAACGAGGACCCACCUCCUGAUGACAACUCCGGCUGGGAUGUUGAUUUUUGAAGUCCUCCUCUCCCCUUAAAACCAAAAGGAACUCAUCUUUUGUUGGCUUGGAGGCCAUCUUGACGACAUGGCUGUGUUGUAAAAAAAAAAAAAAAAAAAAACUGCAUUAAAAAUGAAAGAGAAGAUAUGGAGAAGAAGAUAAACACAUGGAUGGCAAACCCUCUGGGUCACCGAUAUGCCUUUAUUUCACUGUGGCUCUGGAUCAAGCAUUUAUAAUGGGACUGCUGUAGCACUUCUUCAGUGUUGUCUUACACUCAGCUCUAAAGGCGCAGGCAAAGAAAGUGCAGGGAUACACACACACACACACAUACACAUAAACACAAUCCAACAGAGGCUGAUAAUGGAGCCAGGUUUUUCCCAGGUUAACAGAGAAAGAUGUUUCGUGGGUGAAUGAAUGAUCGAUAGUCAAGUUUUGGUUAUAGGAUAAAUAAAAGUACGAAAAGUGUGAUGAUUGACUGCUCAAAAAGAGAAGAAGCUGAUGAUUUUUUUUUUCUCCGUUUGUUUCUCCGCAAUAUUUGGUGAAAUACUUGGUGGACUUCGGGAGGUUACAACAUGAUACUGCAGUUGUUCCCUGGUUUUUGACAUGCAGCUGCUUGCUGCGAGUUUGGAUCCUUUUCAGAGAUCUAAACACUACAGUCUGCAAGUAAACCUGGCAUCAAGUGCUCAAGACUAACCUGAAUGUCACUGGUUUUCUUCUCGUUUAACAUCCAUACGGCAUACAGUUUGUACGGUACAUAGUAUUUGAAUUUACAAGUUACAUUCUCACAAAUGAACACAACCGGGCUGAAAUCAAAUACUUAGUACACUUUACAUAAAAUAAACCUACCUUGAAAAGCACAAACACUGUGCAUCGAGUCAAAAGAGACGUGACUCUUCAAGUGCCCUACUUAAAUUUUAAUGAAUCACACACACCGACACACAUGAAAUGUCAGCUAGAGUUUCCAUGAAGCAAUCUGUCAUUAUGCACUUAAGACCAUUAACUGAGAAAAUCAGCAGUUCUAGGUAAUUUUAAGCUUCAGUAGAUGAAGUCACACUCUUUGUUUGUUCUUUAAUACGCUUUUAAACACGCAUAUGAACGCUUCUCUACCUACAUACUUCUUAAAUUUGUUUUUUAAAUCACCCAAAUGCCUCUUCCCCAUUCAACCAAACGGGACAUCCUCUGUUUGCUCCUGUAUAGUUCUGAUAUAACUGUGAACAUGGUUUUAAUGUCUUUGGUGCUGUUAAAUUGCUGAUAAAUUAUGAUAAGCGAUGGUGAGAUGACAGUACUGGUUAUUGUUUUUGUAUAGUAAUUUUUUUUGUGCUUGGUUUCUUGUAACGUACUUGACUUCUUUUUCAAAAAUUGGAGACUUGUGUCAAUUUGUAAACUUGAGUGAAGUUUUGUUUGAUAUCACUUGACACCAUGUUACAUUGUGCUAAGUGGUAUUUUCAAGGUGUUUUAAUAGGUUUAACCAUGUUAAGUUCAUUCAUAUAAAUUAACCAUCCUCAUCUUUGGAGGCAAAAUUUACCACGUCCACAUUAUCUUAAGACUUCCAACACGUAAACAUCGUCUUAUAGAAAUUUAAAAGUGUCUCCUUCAGACAGACGGCAAAAUUAAAAAAAAAAAAAGGCAGAUUAUAUUUUGUGAAGCUCACAGCUUUGACCACUAACUCCAUGAUCUCUCACCCAGCUGAUCACCUAAAAAGCAUAACAACAUAAAAUCAGAAGAAAUAUAAGUGCCUUAAAUCAAUGGCAUACAAAAUUAACAUCGCAAGACCUUUUCGAUGCUGCAUGAACACAUAUACACCUCAAAAACGUAUGUGUCCUCUUAGAUGGCUGCUUCUCAUCCUUUGUUAUAUCUAAUAAAUACAUUAAUCACCUUGGAAAGAGAAUUUCUAGUCUUUUGAUGGCGGACAAAAGUGUGUAUGAAAUAAAUGUCCUGCUUCACCCCUUUGAUUUCUCUCACAGAAACAUUUAUUAACAGUAAGAUUAUAAAAAUCUAUCAUACCUAUCAUGGCUGCAAUGACAUGCUUUUCUCUACAUAUCUAACGUGAUCUUAUGAAAUCAACCACAGCUGGUCUGAUAUGAAGUGAACAGUAAAUGAAAGCUCAGAGGGACCUUCUGUUUCAGCCGACAAAAGUCCAUGUGAUCUGAGUAUUUAGAGAUGGCAAGAAUGAUUUGCAGUUUUUCAUUAAUUUGAAAACAAUACUCUUGUUUGCCACUGUUGACAAUCUUUACUGUAUGAUAACCUCGAUCAUAAUGCAUCAUCAUCCAGAUUUUCAUUUUAUGGUUUGGGUUAAAUAAAGCCGAACAGCACAACUCAUAUUUCAUCCCAGAAAGCCAAACAGACAUCUUUACAUUUAAAUGGUAUAAAUCAAUGAUGUUGAUGGAGAGCUACAAAUGAGAAGAAAUCUUAGCUCUGUAGGCAUACCAUAAGUAUUUUACUGUAUUAAGGACAGGUUAUGUUUAUCACAAAGCCUUAUGUACAUCAUGACUUUACAAACCACUGGUUUUGAGUCUCUUAUUGACCGCCUUCUGCAAUGUUACCUGAUAUCUGCCUUGUGUUAUGUUGUUUAUUCUGCUGUACAUUAGUUUUGCAGAGUGCCACGUGUAAGAUUUUUAAAAUUAUAGAGUAAAAACAAUACUUUUGA